UAAACUAUAAUAAAUAAGCGUUUUACCAUUUUCAAUUGCAUGUUGUGAAGACUAAAAUGUGAAUUUUCGUUGUAUCGAACAGCGAAUGAAAAGUAGCAUUUUGAAUAAAGUUUUUUAUAAGUGGCAUAUAUUUGAGUGUAUUCUAUAUUUUUUUAAGAGAAAAUGUCGGCAUAGACUAUGGCGGAUAUCAAAUUACCACCUUACAUUCUUCAAGAGCUGCCCGAUAUUACAGAAAGUAUAAAUUUUCCCAUAAAAAAUAUUCAGCGAAUUAAGUAUACUUGUUUUGAUGUCUCUAAAUCUUUAAUAGUAUUUGGAGCAACUAGUGGUGGUAUCUAUGUGUUUAAUAGAUGGCCAUGUGAAUUCAUACAAUUGAUCCCCAAUAAGGAUGGGCCUAUAACACGACUGGCCAUAUCUAUAAAUGAGAAGCAUAUUGGAUUUUCAAAUGGGAAAGGAAUGGUGACAGUCACGGAAUGUGAUCAAAAUUUAAGUAGAAAUGAUUCCACAACUUCAUCCAAAGAACAUUUGGGUAAUGAAGUCACUACUAUGAUAUGGAGUGGAAAUAUGUUAUUUACUGGUGAUGAUGUUGGAAAAGUAUCUGUUCUUCAGCUGAAUAGCUUCAUUACUAAAAGUAUGUUUCAUGGUUCUUCACAAAUCAUCAUGAGCCUGGACUCACGAAUAUGUCAACUUGAUUGUAGAGAUUGUAUGCUAUUAGUUUCUACAUUGACUCGAUGUUACAUCUGCAAUACAGCACAGGAGCAAUAUAGACAAAUUGGACAAAAAUUACGAGAUGGAGAAUUUGGUGCUUGUUUCAUAGUUUCAGAAACUAUGGCCAAUGGUACUACAGAGACUAAUAUAGAAAUUACUGAAGUAAAGAAAUACAAUAUUGUUGAUGAUGCCCAAUUUGUUGUUGGUGAUGAAUUCUCAAACGCUCUUAUGUACUGUGCAAGACCGUCAUCAAGAAUUUGGGAAGCCACAGUUGAUGGUAUGGUGAGACGGACUCAUCAAUUUAAACAGGUACUAGCUAAACCACCAAUGAAAAUAAUAACAACAAAAUCUUAUGAAAAUGAGAAUGUGGCUAUUGAAAAUGAAAAGUAUGAAUGUGAAGGACAAUCAGUAAAUUUCUCGAGAAUAUACUCAAUGAACAGUGUAAUAUUCUCGUUCAAUAAGAGGGCAUUAUACUUUUUGAAUAUCAAUGAAGUAGAUGAUACUGUAUGGUAUGUGUACGAUGAUAUUGUUGAUUGCAGAACUAUUAAUGAUAUGUUGUAUGUAUGGCUUUCAAAUGGCUCUCUUGUUAGUUUAAAAUUCAUGAAAAUUGACAAAUUUCUAGUGAAAUGCUACAUUGAUGAAAAAUAUGUGUUGUGUGCGGAACUCUGUGCCUUGUAUAAAGAAUAUCUGCUAGAGAACAAUUUAACUAUGAAAAUGCACAUUUUGAUAGGUUUAAGGGAUAAAUUGAAGAAUAAUGGUUUAUUAUCAAGUGUAGAAGAGGUUUUAAUUAAAAUUGAUAAAUUAAAAUCAAGUGAAGCGACUCAAUUGAAAUCAGGAAUUUAUGUGGUUGACAAUCCAUAUUCACAAUCACUGUUAGAUGAAAAUUUUGAUAUAAAACAUAAUGAUGAUAACUUAUUUAAUACCUUAUCACCAGAGGCUCUACAAGCUUUAAAAGGCUUGAGUGUAACUGUCUCAGGGAAAUUUAACUCAAGUAAAAAAAUAUUGAAGGAGAAAUGGGAAGAUUUUGAAGAGAAAGUAAAAAAUUUCAGCGACCGAAAUCAAGAAAUAACUCCAAUUAGACAAUUUGAUAGUGAAAAUACACCUAAAUGGGUGGCUCGUGACGAUUACUCACUGGAUGAUACACCUGUCAUAAAUGAUGAAAUCAUUUUUAAAGAAUCUAGUCAAGAAACCAUUGAAAUAGACAAUAAUUUACAAAGUAAAGAAGAUAAAUUUUGUAAAUUAUUAUACCAGUACUCUAGGCUAAGCCUCGUUAAUAAGGAAUCUGAAUCGAAUUUAAUCUCAAUCGUAGAAGAUUACAGCUGUGAUAUUAGUGAAAUAUAUGAAUUGAUGCUUUUAUUAGAACAAUAUUGCAAAACGGUUGGAGCAAUUGAGGAUUCAAAAUUUGUGCCGAACAACAUUUUUCUGACAUACUUAAACACUUGCAUGCGCAAAAGUGACUUGUUGGAUUUGAUAAUUAAAAAUGACGUGCUGUAUAAGUAUUUUGUGAAUUCGUGUAUAGCAGUGAAUGUGAAGACUCAAAAAUUAAUGAACAUCGGUUGUGAGUGCGGAUUUCCUCUCCCAUAUGUACGGACAAGUCAAAGGCCAGUGUUUUCGGAAUUGAUAGAUGAAUUUAUUGAGCGGCAGUGGUCGAAUCAAACGAAGGAGCAAUGUUAUGAAAUGUGCAAGAGAAUGCCGUAUUUGUGGAGAAAAAUACUCUAUUUGAGACGGAAUGAAGAUUUACUGCACAUUUUGAGGAUUUUAGUGCAAAUGCUCGAUGAGAGUUUGCUGCAUUCAUUUCUCCCUCAGUUCACAUUGGACACAUGGGACAGAGCAAUACAGUUAUAUGCAACAUUACAUGCAAACAUAUGUUUGAAUUGCAAUAAGAAAUUUGAUAAUAUUUCAGUUAGAGAUAUGCUCAGUUGGGACGACUUAGGGUCGCUAAUAAUAAAGUCCAUUGGUGGAAGGAAUGCAAUUAAUAUAAUGAAAAAACAUGCAAAUCUGAUUGAUACAGGUGCACUGACUAUCAAAUUUUAUCAUACAUGUUUGAUGGUGUGUUUAUUUGAGAAAAUUGAUGUGACUAUAACUGUAGCCUUGGUGGACACCCUGUAUAGUGCUUAUGAGUUUGAAGAAGCAAGAAAACAGUUAUACGCGCUACUUAGAAAUUCAUCAGACGGAAAAAUCUGUAACACGGCUCUUCCUCUUAUAAUAGCAGCGACAUCCGAACACUGGGGACUAAAACAUGUAUACGAGAAAAUUAACAAAACUAAUAUUAAUAUAAAUGAUGUACUAGAAAUAAUGACUCCACAAUUAGAUUGCACACUCUGCGGGUUGCCAUUGCAAAACGAUUUUCUAAUUAAAGAUGGCGGAUUGUGGGCCUUUAAGUGUGGCCAUAGUUUUCACGGCGCUUGUUUGAAUUUGAAUAAAAUUAAAUUGUGUCCAUCUUGUACGUUAAAUUAAAUAAUAGUAGAUUUUAGAAUUCCCUAUUUUUAGCCACGACAACAAAUACCUCAAAGGAGGUUUUUAGUUUGGCGGGUAUUUUUUGAGUUGUCAGUCCGACGCAAUAUUGCGGCUUUGUUUUUUUUUAAUUCUAGAAAACAAAAAUCACGUUUAGUAACAAAUACCUCAAACGAGGUUUAUAAUUUUUUGAGUUGUCAGUCCGACGCAAUAUGGCGGCUUUGUGGUUUUUGUAUUCAAGAAAACAAAAAUUAUUACGAAACAGUUGCAAAAAUCUUUGUGGACAAGAGCAAUAGGUAGAGAAAAAGUAUAUCACAGUUAUUACGUACUCUUUCGUAUCUGUCAAAUUGUUUUUAUGCUGUGAUGAAGGUACAGAUGUGUACUUUUAACAAAAACAAAACUUUUAAAAAUUACAACACAUCUUUCAGAACACUGUUCUGUAGCAUAAUAUUAUCUUUCUACGUAAUGUGAACAUUCAAGUGAUUGAAAUGGUAGGAAAUAUAUCGUUACUAGCUAUUUACGAGUGUUCAAUCUAUGUGAGGUCUACUACUACAUUCUACUGCAUCCUUGAAAUUAAAAAAAAUAAUUCCCAGAUUUAUUUCCUUCUAAGCAAGUUUUAUAAAUUUUAUUAAAAAACCAGAAAUUGAAGUUGGGCUUUAGAUGCAGGAUAGUGCUGGCUCCAAGGCUAAGUGUCUGAUACAUAUUUUUGCAGUCACUUGGCCUUGAAUUAUCUUUUCGUUUUUAUUUUACAUUACAUUUUAAAUGUAAAAUCGGUCAGUGAAUUAUUUUUGUACAAUUAAUGGCAUUUGUACUUUUAAUGUAAGUUUAUUAGUAGUUUUGGUAUUGUGUUAAUCUCAAGACUCGAUAUUGUAAUUAUCGCAUAAUAAUUAUUUAUUAUUGUAGUAAAAUUAUUUAUAGUCGCUCGUUAAUUUAAUUUAAUGAAUCUACGAUAUUUUCCAAUAUCAUAAAAGAUGUUCAAAUUAAAAACAUUGAUGUGAUAUUUUAUGUUUGAGUCCUAUUUCAAGACGUUUAAAGUUAAAAUUACUUAACAUCUCAAUUGUCACGUGACAGUUCGAACGUAAAAUUACAUAUUGCUUGUUUUAUUUACUAUUCGAACCAUGUUCGUGAUCCUGGAGCUUGAGACAAACCCACUUUGCGACAGGCUUGACCCACUGCCUAAUGAAUUUGUAUGAAAACAUUACCAUCUAAUUCGUAUAGCGUUAGUGGGUCACGCCUGUCUAAAAGUGGCUUUGUCUAUGCUACAAGAUUUGUUCCAAAUACGCUUACGUAGCGCUAAUAUGUUUUUUGUUAAAAGUUAUUGUUACAUUUGUAUGACAUAAACUCUAUUUAUUACCAUUUUUACACUUGUUUUCACAUACGUAAUUAUUACACCUAUAUAUCCUAAAUAUAUGUUAUUAUCGUAAACCUAGACAUUUUUAGUUAUAAAUAUAAUAUGAUUUUGUAUACAAUAUUAAUUUUAUAGAGUUUGACUAAAUUUUCUUAAGUUUCUCUUUGCCAGGGACUUAAAUACCUAUGCUAUAAAUUAACUUAAUUUUAUAUACUCUUGAUGUGUUUAAAAAUCAUACAUAUGUACGUUUAAUUAUUCGUAUAUCGUUACACUUACAGCGCUAUAUGUGAUUAGCAAGCGGAACUAAAGGAAAUACUCGAUCGUAUUGGUUAUUGCGCCACCUAUGUGUAAUUGAAAGUAAGUGAAAUGCUGCGUUACAGUAGUUACAAUAGUAAUUUUUAUCGACAGAUGUCGCUCUUCAGGAAUUUUCAGAUGCACAAUUUGUACUGCUGUUAAUACUCAAAUUAUCGGUUUGCUAUAUCUUUCAUUUUUUUAAUAUUGUAUAAAUAUGUUUGUUGUAGAUACAGGUAAUCGUGGCCUAUUUGUUAUUAAUAUAUUAUUAUUAUAUAAAGUUUAGUGUAGUCUGUAGACGAGAUAUUUUUAAAACUAAUAUUACUGAAUGUGUUAAUCGCGUUUUUAACUGGCUUUAAACCAAAUAGGAAAAAACCGUAUGGUAUGAUAUGUAUUUUAAAAACUCUGAAAUUAUUACAACAUAUAAGUGUAUGUUGACUUCCCAGUUAGGCACAUGGUGUAUAGCACGGAGGUUCGAGGUUCGAUUCCCGGUGAUCAAUAGUUAUUGUAUAUUAAUUACAACUAUAAUAAAUGCCAACAAUAUUUCGCACUUU